AUGCUGGCCUCAAAACGCACAUGGUCUUCACCUCGUCAAAACCAGAGACGGAGGGUUGUUGUUGGAGGCAGCACACGAGACUCCUUGCGAGAGGAGCAAAGGGGGGAAGAGAGGGAGGAAAGGGAAGAAUGUGAAAAGGCUGAUGCUGGCGAAUUAGAGACGGAAGGGCAAGAAGCUGCAGGGAAGUCUAAGAAGGGAGUUCUACACGCCUCUUUGAGUGCUCGUUGCGGCCUUAAGAGCAGAUGCCACAGCAGCGACAGAAACAGCAGCAACAGAGGAGAAGCCUCACAGGUAGAUAGCGUAGACAAGGAGCUAGACAAAAAAGCUGAUGGGAAGCUAUCCGGAGGCGACAUCGAAGCAGACAAGACGAAUAAGCAAGAAGAGACGCAUACUCCAGAAGCUGCAUGGCUAAGGCGUAGAGGGACUUAUGCAACGCCUCUGUCUGCAACAAGCCUCCAAGAGCAACAGCAAGUGACUCUCUGUUGUCUUCCAGGAACGUCAGCAGCCAACGCCCUGCUUGUUGUUGUAGCUGCGAAGAAAAAAAACUCAAAAAAAGCGUCUGCAGAGGCAGCAGACGCAGGCCACGAGGAGGGCGAAAGCCACUACGAUCACGAAAAAAAAAACGCAACUGCUGCCGCUGCACAGGCAGCGGCAGGCUCCGCUUCUGCGUGUCUUGCUGCUUGCACUAAAAUGCAUGUCUCUAUAUUUGCAUAUACACACCACAGCGGUCAAAGCCCUAACAGCCUGACUUUGUGGAAACAUGCAGCAACAUGUGCAUCACCACUAAAAAAAAUAAAGACAGCAGCAGCCGUACCAAGGUCGAAGGUUCAACAAAGUUGUAGCCGAAGGAACAACGAGGGUUACACCCACACCACAGAGACAGUCCGCGAAGUGGGGGCACAUCAGAAGCCUCUAAAGAGACAACUGAAUACAGCCUUACCGGUGAAUUGCAGCUGUUGGCUCUUCAUGCCUUCCUUCAGAACCUCAGCCCCCUCAAGGCCUACACGGCGUCUAACAGUUUCCCACCGACCAAUCAACAGUAUGAGCACUACGCCUGCUGCAGAGAUAGCCGCACAUCAACAGAGCAUAUCAGUUCAAAGCAGCAGCAUCAGGAGCAGGAGCAGCAGCAGAGGAUGUCGUAAGGGGUCGUUUAGACGGCUACUGCAUAAGUUCGCAUGGCGACGUGGCGUCUUGCUGGCAGCGGCAAGAGCAGCCGUGUCUUGUCGCGCUGGUUCUGAGUCACCAAGAGCACCAGGAACGGAGAGCAGGGGCAGAAACUCCGCCUCCGGUGCGAGGUGUAUGAUGAACUCGUUGUCGGAAAAAAGGCCUCAAGAGGCGGAGGCAGGCGCAGCAAGCCGUGUCGUGGGCUGCGAUGAAACAACAACAACAACCCCCCCCCCCCUCCCCUUCGUGCCGCUGAAUUCUGCAUCGACAGCAGUAGCAGCCGCCAUCCCAGCACUCGCCAGGAGGCUACCUCCGCAUCUAUGGGGUUUGCUGUGUUUUGGAAUUCUCACAGCGCUAGCACCUGUGGUACUGCUCAAGUCGCUCUCCGGAUGUUUGUGUCUCGCGUUGGUGGCAUGCAUUUGCUGCUUCGUGGUUUCGUUGGGGCAGCAGCAGCUCGAGCUGCUGCAGCAGGAGGGGUUGCGGAGGUGGGUGCCUCCAUCCUGGAGGGUGUUCUUGGAAGAGCGACGGCUGCUCGAUGGCGUUCGGGAGGCACUUAUGUCUGGCGCAGCCUCGUUUUACCUUUCUCGAAUACUCUGUCUCUCUCUAGGCGAGCCGACCGAGGAGGAGGCUCUUGCCCUCCUGGAAGGCAUGAAUCCUUCGGUGUAUGCUGUGCUCGCGCAAAGAGGACCCCUCAAGGCACUCCCUCCGGCAGUGCGAGAGGUCUACUAUGGCGGCAGUCAGAGACAGCUGCUGCAGCGCGAGUCGCGGAUCGCUGCGCAAAGUCGGCACCAACAAAGUCAGACAGCGGCGGAACAAGACGGGCUGCUGUUACCUCUGGAGCCUCAUGCUCCUCUCGAAGAAAUGUCGACUGCGUCGGUUUCCUUUUCUGCAACUGAUCCUCCCUGGGCACGCCUGGCCGUCCCCACGCCGCCUUCGCCUGCUGCGGCGGCAGCGGCAGCAGCAACAGUUGCCUUCUACGAGCAGGAGAGAGACAGAACGGAGGUCGAGAGGAAAACAGCCGCCAUUGUUACCUCCGUCAGUCGUAGGGUUGUGAACGCUGCCACAGGAUCUCGUAAACUUUUGUAUCCUGCGGCGAUGCCCUUAGUGCUGCACAUGCUUCUGGCACGCUUUUUGUUCGGCAGCAAAAUGGAUGACUGCAUGCGAUCGCUCAAAAAGUUCACCGCUGCCGCUGUUGCUGCUUGCAAAUGCAUCUCUGUUUGUGUCGUCGAUCCUCAUGCAAGUGGCUUCCUUGAUAGAGGGAUGGCCUCCCCGUACGGCCCCGAUGUACGCCUUCUCUUGCUGCCAUGCUUUUCUCAGAACCGCCGCCGUCGCGCUGGCCGUUUCUAUGCGAUCCCCGCUGUCUUGCUGCUGGUCCUGGUGUACAUACACCUUCUGCAACCAGAAACGACGACGCGGCUACAGCGUCUGAUUUCUCUGCUAAGUAAUAAUCGGCGUGCUGUUGUUGCGGCUCCUUCCGGUGGCAUCCGCCAAACAGAUCCUCAUUUGAGGGCGUGCGUCGAGUUGCUGCGUCUGUUUCUUCGGCGGCACUUUGUGCCGCGCAUUGCUUCUACGGAGUAA